GUUUAAUAUUUCAUCGAAGCACUUAUCAUUUACAAGUGCGGGUUAAAUUUUAGUAAAAUGAAUCUUUUAAUUUUUUCAUUAUUACUUUUCAACCUUCAGUAUAUACAUUGUAUAGAUUUUGAUUCAGGAUAUAACCACUUGAUUGAACUAAUUUUUCAUAUGCUAUCGGACGCUGAUACGGACACUAAUUCCGAAGCUUCUACUGAAACCCGUUGGAUUGAGCAGCCAUUAGACCACUUCGAGCCUAAUUCAGAGACAUGGAAAAUGAGAUACUUUGAGCGGUUAGAGCACUUUAAACAUGGUGGACCAAUAUAUGUGUUUCUUGGUGGGGAAGGUGAAGCGAAUCCAAGUUAUCUAUCAAUUGGGACACUUUAUGAAUUAGCAGAAGAAACGAAUGGAGCAAUGUUCAUGACGGAACAUCGAUAUUAUGGACAGAGUAAACCUUUCAAUGACUCGACAACAGAAAAUAUGAAAUGGCUGUCUUCGAGACAGGCUCUUGCUGAUAUAGCGAAACUAAUACAGGAUUUAAAGUCUAAUAAUAAAUUCACUAAAUCAAAAGUUGUUCUGGUUGGAGGAUCUUACGCAGGUAACUUAGCUGCAUGGAUGAGGCUAAAGUAUCCCCAUUUAAUCGAUGCAGCUAUCGCGAGUAGCGGUCCGGUUUUAGCGAAAAAAGAUUUUUAUAAAUAUAUUGAGAAAGUAAAUGAUAAUUAUGAUCAAUAUGGUACAUUCAACUGUUGGAGAACUAUUAGAGAUAUGUUUAAACGAUACAAAGAAAUGCUUAAAAGCUCCAAAGGGAUUGAACAACUUAAACGAGAACAUAAUAUAUGCAAAGAAAACGAUUUAACGGAUGUUAAAAAUCAAUGGAUCUUCUUCAUGUCAAAGAUGUCACCAUACAUGACCAAGUCACAAUAUGGUGGCCAGAAGGAAAUAAAAAAACAUUGUUAUUAUAUAGAAGUAACUGAACGUUUACAACAGAUAAAGUUUUUUGAAAAAUUUAUUUGGGAUUCAAGAGAUGAUUGUAACGACGUGGAUUUCGAUGGAUUGAUUACGUAUUUCAAUCAGAGCGAUGUCUAUCAUUCAUGGUUUUACCAAGUGUGCACUGAAUUUGGAUAUUUCCAAACAACAUCGUCUAAUGACCAACCGUUCGGUGACGUUCUACCAACUGACUAUUAUUUGGAGAUUUGUAAGCAAUUAUACGGUUUUGACGAAGCGAGGGUUGAUAAUGGUGUGGAGAAUGUGAACGAGAUGUACGGUGGGCUAACACCUAAUGUUACUCAUGUUGUAUUUGUUAACGGUGAUAUGGAUCCUUGGAGCACUAUAAGCGUUCUUGAAGAUAUUUCUUAUAAAGCCCCAGCAGUAGUGAUACCUAGAGAAACUCAUUGUUCUGAUCUAUAUGUAGGUCGUGAUGCUUCUGAAGAGUUGAAAGAGGCUCAGAAGCAUAUCAAAAGUUUGAUUAAACAUUGGAUCGGUCUGGGAGAUUAUACCAAGCCAUCGGUAUGAUACCAUAAGCAUUAUUUUCACAGCACAGUUUGAAUUAAUCAGUAUUAUGAAAUCGCUAAAAAUUGUAACGCACAUCAUUAAUAUUAAUGUUUCAAUUAUUAUUUAUUAGCUUUUCGCCCGCGGCCUCGCCCGCUUUGCCUAAAACCUAAUAAAUUAUAUACUAAAACCUUCCUCUGGAAUCAAUCUAUCUAUUAAAAAAACCGUAUCAAAAUCCGUUGCGUAGUUUUAAAGAUUGAAGCAUACAUAUGGAUAUUGGGACAGACGACGAUUUUGUUUUAUACUACGUAGUGAUUAUUACAUUUUAAUGCAAGUACUACCUUAUUUCAAUGAGGGUGUGGGUCAUAUAAGAAAAACAAAGGUUUUAAAAAUAA